AUGAUAUCACACCACAACAGGCGAAGACGCGUAGCUCUCGCCUGCGACAGCUGUAGGGAGCGUAAAGUUCGAUGUGAUGGGGCGAAGCCUGUUUGCGGGACGUGUCGGGCGAGAAACCGACAAUCUCUAUGUGUUUACCAGUUGCUCGGCGACAAUGGGAAAGCAGGGAGCGAACGAGAAUAUGUUCAGUCACUACUCGCACGAAUCAACCUUUUAGAACAACAGGUCCGGCAAAAAGGCGAUGACUGCCGUAGGAGUUCACCAGAUUCCGUGCCUCCUACAGCUACAGAGAGUCGCGGCGUUUCAUCAUCCGUGCCUCUCUCUUCUACCAGUGACACACUGCCUCGCCAUAGAGAGAACCCCUUAACUUUCAAGGCGUCGCCUACAACUAUACCCUCGCAACACGAUGCCAGCCCAGUCAAUGCAAUGGGCGCCGCUGUGCCGGCGACAAUGGUGAAUGAUUCGCUCAACGUAAACAGGCAGUACUAUGGACAGUCUUCGAUCGUUUCACUCCUACGGCAGGCUAGCCGUAAUAGAACACGGACAGAGAACAAUGAAUAUGUUGAGACGCAGCAAGCAAGAGAAGCUCGCCACGUACCUGCUGCUACCACCGCGAAAUCGGCAUCGAUUGGGCUGCUCCAUGACCAAUUUUGCCUCCCACCUAGACGAGUGACAGAUGGCCUUCUCGAGGUUUACCGGAAGGAAGCGCACAUAUUUCAUCCCUGGGUACAUUUUGACAGUUUCAUGGCUCUCUAUCGCUCGAUCUGGUCUGGGGAUGACUUAGAGGAAGUGUCCAAUUUGCCAGACAUUGGACUCGGCGGCAGCAAUUGUCCGACAACCGUAUUCUAUUGCGCAUUGAAUGCCAUGCUAGCCGAAGCGUGUCAAUUCUCUGACAUACCGCCACAAGACAAGAGAUCCAACUCGACGAUGUUUUACGAACGAGCACGAGCGCUCUUACAAGUCGACUUGCUCGAUAGUGGCAGCUUGUCCCACAUACAGACGCUAUUACUUGUGGCACAGUACUUGCAAUCUACCGAAUUGGCGACCCAAUGUUGGAAUUUGGUGGGCAUGGCGUAUCGCAUGUCUGUGGCCAUCGGUUUGCAUCACGACGAAAUGUCUGCCGGCUUGAGCUCGCUGGAGAGGGAGAUGCGGAGACGAACGUGGCAUGCCUGUCUCCAAAUGGAAUUGAUCAUGAGUAUGACCAUGGGUCGCCCGGUUCAGUUGGGAAUCGAGCACAACGUUCCGCUGCCUCUGGCAAUUGACGAUGAGUACCUGUCUCCUACUCGGUGUGACUGUCGUCAACCUGAUAGUAUUGUCUCUCGUAAUCAGUACCUAGUGGAGAGCUUGAAAUUAGUACAAGUUCUCAGCCAAGUUCUCUCCACCAUGUACAAUGCGACGAGGGAUGAGGAACAAAAGGUUUCUAGUGGUGUCCCAAUCAGUACGAUGCGGGCCAAGCUCAUGGAUAUGCUACAAAUUGAAGCCUCAUUGGAUAACUUCGAGUCAUCUCUACACCCGAGUCUCAAAUGGGACGUAUAUUGCUCGAGCAUGGCAGCAAAUGAUGUAUUUGUACGUCAAUCCAAUGUGCUCCAUGCAAGAAUCUUACAUCUUAAAUUACUGCUUCAUCGUCCAGCGUUGAGUCUCUACUGCUCUCCCAAGGGUAACAGCGACCCGCCAUCGGAAAUAACAUCUGGCCUAAAUCGGUUCCCAAACCCUUAUCCGGCUGAUUCUGCGGUAGCUUGUGUCAAAGCGGCCUGUGGGUUGAUUGACGUGAUAGGUCGAGCAGUUGCAAGUGGCUCUGGUGGUGCUUGGUGGUACUGUGUCUUUUAUCUUAUAUCUGGUAGUCUUGUCUUGGCUCUUGCAGAGUCUCGAGAUGAGCUCGUAGCCUACUUAGAAGUGAAUACCUUGGAGUCGGCUUGGUCAAAGUGUGAUCAGGCUCUGUGUCGAAUGGCAAAACUAGUCGAUGGACCUGUGCAAGAUUAUGCCACUGCCUUGCGCGAGCUGAGGAGGCGUGCCACAGAGCGAGACAGACAACAGCCUGAGGCGAGUCAACGAGAGAAUGGGCAAAGUGUGCCAGAACAAGCUCCCACAAAUCAGUUUGAGUCUACUGGAAAGACUGCGCUACAAUACGAGACUCUUCACAGUCAGCUAAGAAGACAAAGUCAUACUUUUAUGGGGGAUCUGCUACAAGAGUACCUUGAUCCACCAGCAUUGCAGAAUUGGGAUGCGAUUCUAAAUGACGUUCGGCUCUCCUAUCUUGCCCCGGAGCGGGAAGACUGCCCUAUACCGCCGGGUUUGUAUUAG